AUGCAUGCAAAAAUCGUUGUACAACAUACAUAUUACCUUAGUAAAGAAACUUUACAAAAAUUAAAAGAAAACGAAAUCAAAAUUGACCUUGACAAUCACAUUGACGAACAAAUAAUCACCGCCUACGUUGUUGGAGAGAACAGUUACGAAAUCCGAUCUCAACGAAUCCAAAAAUUAAGUAACGGCAGGGAAGAUCCACGAUAUCU